UUGUUUUAAACGAAUCAAUUGCUUCUAAAAUGGUAUAAAUACUGCGGAGUGAAAUAACACAGCAUGAGUGUGGAGUUUGCAUAACGUUGUGCCGGCAGUCAUGCAGCUCGUGCUUGCGUUUAUGCUGUGUGCGCUGUCUGUGCUUGCAGCUGCACAGCACGAACCAGCGGCCUCUGACGAGAGACAUGUACAGCUUGGAAAUGAUGACGACCAUUAUCAGAUAUUGCAGAGGACUGUGAGGGACGCCCGCCCUCCUCCUCCCCCUCCUCAACCGGUGCCAGCUCCGAGACCAGAUCCGAGACCAGAUCCGAUGAUGCCUGCAAAUCGGAUCAGGAGCAUUUACAAUCGACCACGAAAACCUAAGCCUAAACCGAGGCAUUAUUAUAGGAGGACAUAUUACGACAGAUCCAGGUAUACUCAGCGCCCUCAGUAUUCUAGACAACAGUACUCAAGAGGGUGGUAUGGGAGACCACAGCAACGGAGGCGACAGCAAUCGCCUUACGUUUUUGGUAGCCCUACAUUUGAUUGGUAGUUUUUGUAACCUCGAAA